UCAGGAAAAUGAAGUCGUACUUUACGUUUUUUCUGUCGUUUUGGCUUUUAAAUGAGCUUUCUGCCACGGGAGCCCCAUUUACGGAUGUAUAUUCGGCUCAGUCAUUGGAAAAUCAGUGCAACGGAUAUUGUUUUUCUAUUCUGAAGCCCGUUCUCCACCGAAAUGGGCAACUUGAGGAAUCAGCAAAAAAUAUCGAAGAACUUCAGAGUUUAAAAAACCAAAUAGAGAGCAAGAAAGAACUACUAGUUGUGCAAACUCGAGAAACCAAUUAUCAACGUGAAGUGAUCAAGACAUUGACAGGAAAUAUCCAAGGUCUGCAGGGUGAAAUGGAAAACAGAGACUCUCAGAUUAGUGGUCAAAUUGAACAACUAAAAAAGAAUAAUGACGAAAAAGUUAAGACUCUGACCGAAACUCUAAAAGAUUUGGAAAGUAGGCUAGAAAUCAUGGGUUCCAAAAUCGAUAAUCAAACUGAAUUGAUAAAAGCUAAAAAUGCAGAGGUAGUGAAUUUGACAGACUAUAUUCAAGACAUGCGAAGUGCAAUUAACAACAAAUUGUGUACGGAAUCCAUUAGCAAAAAAACCGAUGAUCUAUUGAAGUGCAAUCGACAGGACUUCUGCCCCCGCGAAGGACCUAGUGAUAUUUACAAAAUCCACCCAAGUACAUUCGAAGCUCCCUGCAGUUCAGAUGGUUGGCUAACUAUUCAAAAACGUUUUGACGGCUCCGAGAACUUCGAUCGACCCUGGAAGGACUAUAAGGAAGGGAUCGGCAACAUAAGAGGAGAGUUUUUUAUCGGGCUUGAAAAACUGCAUGUUAUGACUCGGGAACGUCCUCACGAACUUUACAUUAAACUUGGCAAGGUGAACGGAUCCACAGGCUACGCUCACUAUGAUGAUUUUAAGAUUGGAAGUGAACUGGAAUCGUAUGUGUUGUCGAUAGGGACAUAUAAUGGUACAGUCGGAGACUCUCUAGAUUACCAUAGGAACCAAAAGUUUACUACAUUUGACAGAGAUAAUGAUGAAGAUAAAGAAUUCAAUUGCGCUGAAAACGAAUGGGGUGGUUGGUGGUAUAAAAAUUGUGCUUACAGCAAGCUAAAUGGAAUGUUUUAUAGGGAGGGUCAGACCAGAGACAACAAAACUGAUGGAAUUUUUUGGGGUACCUGGCAUGACAAGGAUUGGACCUACUCGCUUACCUUUGUGGAAAUGAUGAUUAGGCCCAAAACGUUGUGAGCAUUAAAAAUUUUGCAUUGCGGAAAAUAUCAAAUACCAUUUUAUUAUCUUUUGUAAAUUUGUUUAUGUAAGGACAAAAUUAAUUAAGUUUGGAUUCUAUUGAAUAAAAUAUUCUAAGAGAAACUAAGAAGCCGUACAGGAAAACUACAGUUUUAUGUAAUGAUAGUAUCUAUAAUUUCAAAUAAAGUUUAAUUUUAUAAAGCUCUUAGAAGUCCAACAAAAUAACUGUGUUCU